UAGACCUGAGCACAUAUAAACAAAUCCACGUGCUACCUUUACUUCGCCCACAGCUUCGCCGCUAUCAUGAGUGUGCCUGCCUCUUCUGUUCUCCUCCUCUCUCCACGAGAAAAAGCUGUCGCACUCACAAAUGCUCAACGCCAGAGACUGUCUGAGGUGAUAACUUCAAAGAAAAUCCUGUUGGAUCAUUCUACAGACUUCAACGGGAUAAGAAAAAAACAGAAAGCUUGGGAGGAAGUAGCUGCUGAAUUCAACCUCAGCUACCCUGCUGAACGUCCCAGGACAGUAACCCAGCUCAAACGGGCUUGGGAGUACAUACGAGUGAAGAAGAAUCACAAGAAAUUUCUUCAUGAGUCCUUCAAGACUGGUGGAGGGCCAUCACCAAAACCAGUCACAGAUGACUUCUUGGCUGUUGCAACAGAUGCACUGGCUGUGGAGCUGCAAUUUGCAGACAACCAGCUAGAUAGCUUAGUACCCAUAGUCAUAAGAGAAGAGGAAGUGGAAAUAAUUGACGACGACAUGCUUCCUGCAUGUACAAUAGCAGCAGGACCAUCGACAACACCAGCAGCAGGACCAGCAACAGCACCAGCAGCAGGACCAGCAACAGCACCAGCAGCAGGACCAGUGACAGCACCACCACCAGGACCAGCAACAGCACCAGCAGCAGGACCAGCAACAACACCACCACCAGGACCAGCGACAGCACCACCACCAGGACCAGCUUCAGCACCACCAACAGUUACAGCAACAGCACCAGCAAUGGCACCAGCAACACCACCAGCAGGGGCAGCAACAGCACCAGGAGGAACAUCACAAACUGGACCCUCCACCCGUAGAGGCCGAAAGAGACCCCUACGCAGUGAGAGGGAGGAAUGUUUCCGCGCUAUUCGAGAAGGUGCAGAGACCUUGAAUGACGACUUGAAAGUGUCAUUGCAAAACUUCUCUGCUCUAUGUGAGAAGCUUGGCAAUCAAGCUGAAGUGGCAGCAAAUGCAUUUGCUCAGGCAAUGCAAACAUCAACAAAUGCAUUUGUUCAGACUAUGCAUAAUGUUGAUAGCACUAUGGAACAAGUACGCAAGUACUACAGCCCAGCUUCUGGGAGACCCAGCAGUCUGUAAGUAUCCUGUGUGUGUGUGUGUGUGUGUGUGUGUGUGGUGUGUGUGUGUGUGUGUCUGUGUGUGUGUGGUGUGUGUGUGUGUGUGUGUGUGUGUGU